AUGAUCCUGAACCGUUCAAUUCACCCGCGGUCCCUGGUGGUGCUCCUUGCGGUCCAUCUUUUUGGUCUCCUUCCAGCGACGAUUAUCCAUUUCGAGGCGAGGACCUGCAAACUUGGCCUCUCUAUUUUAUGCUGCCGGUGUCGCGCGUGUCGCCAGCUCCAAAUCCGCACUUACCACUCCCGGCUGCAUUCCAUUUUCACCCCUCCACCCAAUACUCACACGAUCCGGCAACAAGUUCUCACACACCAACCCUGGCGAAUCCCACAUCUCAUGGGCCCACGGAUUCCCUCCAGCAACGAGGACUCUGAACGACAUGCCCUCCUACUACUUCUCUUGUUCAAACCCUGGAUGCAUAUACGAGAUCUGCUUCCUGCAUCCCAAGGGUACUCAUGCUGGAACGAUCACUUUCUUGCGUGGCUAUCAGCCUUACAAGCCAUGCUGCCGUCCGACAACUCCCGGGCUCCACCUUUCACUCCUGCCUACUGGGCACAGCGUACCUUACAUAUUAUUGCCCACAUUGACAACAACUCCAGCGCAGACCCCGCAACUGCUGACCGUGAGCUUCGCUGCAAUCCUGAUGAGUUGCGUGGUCUCCUCAAUACCAUCACCAUCGAAUCCGACCUCCCACCUGCUCCCGACGACUCUGAUUCAGACGUCUCUGAUUUAGACCACCUGCAUACUGCCGACUUCGACUUGAUUACCCAGCCCGUGCCCGCAGACACGAAUCGGCAUGAUUCACUUCGCACUUCUCCUGCCUUCGCUGCCACCUUCGAUAUACUCGUGGCCAUUGCGCGAUCAGAACUGCUUCCCCUCCCAGGCGUGACUGCCAGCUUCGUUGCUCUUUUCCGCGUCUUGGACGAUGCUGUGACCCCACAGACCACCGACUUUGCUACGAAUCCUUUGGAGAUCUAUACUGGAUGGCCCCUUCCUUCCCACAUGUCUUUGCGACAACUCCAACGCGAUGAAAAGUGUUGGGACUCUGUCCUGACAAAUGCUUCUACUGCUUCUACCCAACCGGCUCCUCUUCAACCACACCUUCACUUGGAAACUGGUCCUUUCCCCAAAACCGAAACUGUGGUUUUUGAUCACCUUGCUUCUUGGCUGCGCAAUGGCCGCUGCAACACCUCCGACAACACGUUGAAUUUAAAGCAAGCAGCGUACCUUCUUCUGGUUGCGUCAUGGCUACAAGCAACCUUGAACAAAACUUGGGGCGUGUCCACCACCGCACCACCUUUUCAAUCGUCGUUGCUUCUUGGUGGCCCGGGUACUGGCAAAACAUUUGUCUCCAAUUUAGCGAUCGAACUCCUGCAUUUUUUCUUGCCAGACUCUACACUGCGAGCUGCAUAUACUCACCGCGCGGCAAGACUCAUCGGAGGCCAAACUCUACAUGCUUGCCUGGCCUUACCAUUCGACUCAACAAGUACCUCUGCUGCUGCAGCAUCCCUUGGCAAACAGAAGGAAGCACUUCAACUCCUUUGGCGCCACAUCUCCACUUUCCUCAUUUAUGAGGCAUCUAUGCUGUCUAAUGAGGUCAUUGCUCUCACCGACCUUCGCUGCAGACAGAUCGUAAACGUAGCUGCUGUGCUCUGGGGUGGCCUUGCCGUACGUUUGUCUGGUGACUUUCAUCAACUUCCCCCCGUUGGCGCUACCUGCUUAAUCCAGCCAUUGACCGCGACAGCUACUUCCACUGCUGCGCUGACCGCUUCCCAACUCCAAGCCGCACUUGGCGCGGAUAUAUGGCGACAAAUCACAACAGUUCUCAUCCUGGAUCACAGUCACCGGUGCCAAGGACCACUCAGCCAAUUUUUGCAAGACCUUGCCUCCGAUAAAGGCGUUACAGCAUCUUCCUGGCAGCACCUGCAAAGUCGCCUUCUCCAAGCAAACGAUACUCGCCUGCUGGAUUCCAAAUUCCAACCACGAACCUGUCCUGUCGGCGUCAUGCGACACACCAUACGUGCCAUGAAAACCUUGCAACGAGCGCAGCAAGCCGCCGCAGCUGCUGGACACCGUUUACUUCUCUCAAUUGCUGCCGAUCGAUGUUCUUUCGGAAAUCGGGACGUCUACCUGACACCCGCCCUGGCCCAAGAGGCGGCCUCCGUCCACACUCUCUCUGUAACUGCAAAUCUUCCUGGCCUUCUUGCUCUCUAUCCUGGCAUCGAACUGUGCCUCGAAACCCGACUUUGCCCUGAGCUCGGCGUUGUUCGAGGGUGCAUCGUACUGGUUGAAGACAUCAUCCUUGCUGACAACGAACCGAUCUGCGCAACCUCGUCACACUUCCGCUUCUGCAAUCUCGUACAUCCUCCCGGGCAAUUCCUGUCUUGCCUCGCCGCCAGCCAUCGUGAAUUCUUUCUUCACCUGACGCAGUCUACCUCGCAGUUGAAAGAGGCAACGCUGUCACCAAGGACGUCUUCGGCUUCGAUUUGGCGACAGUCGCCAACACCUUGCGUCAUGGAGCUGAUCGGUGCCUUGGAGCAGUCAGCCAUUGGUAGCGACACAGAUGACACAGAUGACAACAUCGACAUCACUUUGAAACAUUUUCUGUUGCAGUUUCGUUACCAGCCACAUCAUUUUGUGGCAGAUGGGUUGCAGCGCUCCCAGAUCCGCUCCGAGAAGUUCCCGUUGGAGUGCCUGGAACCCGUGAAGGUGAGGGCUUGGGUGGUGGCCGGACUGCCGAAAGACUCCUUCAGCAUUGAGAAUGGCAUCAUCAUGGACAAGGCACGACGGUGGCCCUCAUGCAUCCACAAGGGCAAUCGGUGGAUCAAAAAGAUGGGGCAACUGCUGCUGGUUGUGGCGUUUACGGAUGGCGACUAUCAGCGCUUGGAAGGUGAAGGGCCGUUUUCGUUGAGAGAUUCUGACUCAAUUCAUCGGAAAAUGGUGGAUUAA